AUGGCCACUAGUCGCUCCAGGCUCCACCUCUAUUCCCUUCCAAAUGAGGUGCUCGUUCAGAUCCUAACCCCAUUGCCAACCCCCUGCCUUCUCCCCUUGACGACGGUUUCCCGCCGGUUCUAUGCUUUAAUAUUGCGGAUCCUGCACUACCGAGUUCUUGUAUCUGUAUCACUGAGCGAAUACAACCUUAUGCUCGACUGUUUAAAUCGGAGCUCGUACACUAUCGAGCCUCACAUUUUUUGCAAAUACCUCGGCACAGAUGGUUUGAACAACCAGUACGAAGGGGAGGGCUCAUUAUACGAGAAUGUUGAUACACCACAGCAGCUAGGAAGACUCGGUUCCCUCUAUUCUAGAUUUCGGCCUUGUGUGGUAGGAAUGGGGAGAAUCGGCGGAGGAAGGCGGUUUCCAUCAGCGGUCAACCAGGAGCAAGCGGACAGUUCAGUCGUGACACUUCCUAUUCAUCUGGAGGCGUUUGAAAACUUCAUCCAAGUAUGUAUAGCCGUGAAUGUAGUGGAAGUGAUGUGGGGGAGUAAUUUCCCCCUGGGUGCAGUGACUGUUGAAAACGGUGUUAUCAGGUUGUUCAGAGACUGGCUAAGGAACCAUGCGAAACAUUCCGGUCAAUCUUUGGGGUCCUCUCCUGGGUCGGAAGCAUCCGAUAAUACUGCCUAUUCGUCGACCAGCGAGGCUCCCUAUCAGAUGGUUUGGGUGGGUCAAAGCAAGAACGUUGGACUUAAGGUGCGGGUCAAGGAGAAGGAUCUAAUGGACGAAUAUUUGGACAGGGAUUGGGGUGGUCCAGUCCUUUCUUAUCGUGAAGAGGAUCAAUCUGCUAGCUAUGAAUUGACUAUAGAAGAAUUGCAUGUCCGGACUACUCGUCUCUUUAUGACACUGGAGAAGUCGUUGGAGCACAGCUUCCCCAAAGUUGUGAGCUUCACACGGAGCCGUGGAUAG